CCUUCCACAACUUGAGAAGCAGCCUAAGGGCCCUUCCCAGGCUCUGAAUCUCUCUCUCUCUCUCUCUCUCUGCUUCUCCUUCUCUCUCUCCGUCUCUCCCUUUUUGCAGUGUUUAUCGUUUUCUGAGACUCUGAUUCUGCCUCUUCCCUCUCGGAUUCACUCUGAAACAUAUGGGUUGUUUUCUCUGCACUCGCGAUCCAACCAACAAACCCUCCCCUCACGGCAAUUCCAAAAGCCUCGUCCGCUGCGAUAAGACGUCCAACCACCACCGCCCUGUUUCAGAUAAGGUUCGAGCGGACUCGAACGUGAAUGUGAAGAAGGAAGUUAUUAUUUCUUCCAAGCCUGAUGGUUUUUCUCCUGACAUAAAGGCCUUAAAUUUAGAAGACAAAAUUCCAAAGGACGGAAAAGUUGAUAAUCUGAAUCGUGCAAAAUCGUUCUCGUUUGAUGAGCUCGCAGAGGCGACAGGUCGUUUCAGAUCAGAUUGCUUGGUGGGGGAAGGAGGUUUUGGGAAAGUUUACAAGGGAUGCUUGAAGAAAACGAAGCAGGUGGCGGCCAUAAAGCAACUGGACCCGGAUGGACAUCAAGGGAAGAGGGAAUUUGUAGUGGAAGUAUUGACACUGAGUAUGGCAGACCACCCUAAUCUGGUCAAACUCUUAGGGUUCUGUGCCACGGGACAACAAAGGUUGUUGGUCUACGAGUACAUGCCUCUGGGAUCCCUGGAGAAUCAUCUCUAUGAUCUUCCUGCAGGUAGAAAAGCACUAGAUUGGAACACGAGAAUGAAAAUAGUAGCAGGGACAGCAAGGGGUUUGGAAUAUUUGCAUGAUAAAAUGAAGCCUCCAGUGAUAUACAGGGACCUGAAAUGUUCCAACAUAUUGCUAGGAGAGGGAUAUCAUCCCAAGUUGUCUGAUUUUGGGUUGGCAAAAGUAGGCCCUAGUGGAGAAGACACUCAUGUUUUAACUAGGGUUAUGGGCACAUAUGGCUAUUGUGCUCCAGAAUAUGCCAUGACUGGUCAAUUAACUUUUAAGUCCGACAUUUACAGCUUCGGUGUUGUUCUUUUGGAGCUUAUCACCGGGCAAAAAGCUUUUGACAACUCAAGACCUGCCAAGCAACAGAACCUAGUCUCUUGGGCAAGGCCAAUGUUCAAAGACAGGAAAAGAUUCUCAGAAAUGGUGGAUCCAUCGCUUGAUGGUCAAUAUCCAGUGAGAGGAUUGUACCAAGCUCUGGCAAUUGCAGCCAUGUGUGUGCAAGAGAAGCCUCAUAUGAGACCUGUUAUUGCUGAUGUUGUCACCGCUCUCAACUUCCUCGCUUCCCAGAGAUACGAUCCACGCCAUCAAAUUUCACACAAGCCCAGAUCCAAGAAGAGCCUUCCUCCGCUCACAAAUCCUCAUGAUCAUGCUCUUCUUGAUGCUAAUUUCUCUGAGUCUGACAGAUCUGGGAACGAAGAAAUUAAUUUUGACUCAGACAGAUCUGCUGGCACCCAACAAAACAACUCUGAGACAGAUAGAUCUGAGAAUGAAGGAAAUAAUUAUGAGUCUGACAUAUCUGGGAACGAAGAAAAUUAUUAAGUGUUUUCCCCUCCUCGGAUUAUUGUGUCUAUAUGUAGUUAUGUGCCUCGUUAUCUAUUUUGGUCCCUAGAAGAUAACAGGUGCUGUGUUGGAUCUUAGCCUUUGAAAAAUCUCUCUUUGUUUGAACUUGUUUUCUUCCUCCAUUUUGAUCUGUUCCUUCGCUUAAGGAGUUGGACUCGAGAGUAACAGGUACGGAUUGUUUCUGUGUUUGACCACACAUCAAGUCUUACGUAUUAAUUCCUGUGCUAAUAUACGAUUUAAUUUA